UUACUUCUCCCACGAUCGUUAACUUCACAUUCGCUACCCCGAAGCCGGUCGUCGACGGCGUCCAUUCGUUCUUUUCUUUCAAUCGGAGGUCGACACGCCUAAGAGUCAAAUUCCAUCUUCACGAUGCGCUUCCACCUUCUUUCAGGCUUGAUCGCCUUUGCCGGUGGCCUGGUCCAGUCAGUCCAUGCCGCUGGUCUGUCUGUUGCUGCGGUUCAACCCUCUGCUGUUGCCACAGUCCUCCCCACCGAUGCCCGUCCCACCGACACCGGUCCUCUCCAGCCGACCAUUGUUACUUCCAACACCUUUCUCACCUCCACUGUCAGCGACACCGAGAGUGGCAGUACCCUCACCAUCCCCUGGCCUAUUUCCCCCAUUCCUUCCAGCUCCUUGUCGGUUGUCACCCUCUCACCCUCGGCCUCAGCCACCCUCGUUUCCUGCCCACGCGACAACAAUACCUUCUGGACUGACCAUGCCACGAAUAAUGUGUACCAACUUCAAUGCGGUAUUGAUCACUAUGAUCAGGCAGCCAACUGGAACUUCAACGCAGGCAUGAGGCACAGUUGGGAAGAGUGCGCAAAGUGGUGUGCAGAGUAUGCUCAGUGUUUGGGCUUCAGCUACAUUGCAGGCAUUGCGUUGAAGCCGAAUUGUUGGUUGAAAAACAGUCUGAGGGGACAGACGGUCAACGAGAACAGUUGGGCGGGCAUGCUGGUUACUGGCCCGGGUGGCAAUGCUGUUGCUGGACAUAGUGAUGGUGGGAAAAGUGUCGCCACGUAUACUGUUGCCGGUCUCGUGAAGGAGACAAGUACGGUCCUAGCUGUUGCCGUUGAUACAACUACCAUGUUUGUCGAGGGAACUGCAGUCACAACUGCUGUCACUACAGUUGUCACGACGGAGUUGGUGAAGCCAAUUGCACCUGCUACUACACUCAGCGUUUCACAAGCAAGCUCGGCACUUCCGAAUCCCACCGCCAUCGCCGUGAGCUGCAAUAACGAGACUUGGUGGGCAGACGAGAAAGCUUCCUGGCGGGCCAUUGACUACUUCUGCAAGGGUGGACACGACGGGACCUUCGGCAGCUAUGCUGUUGACAAGAUUUUGCACGGGGAGAACUCCAUUGCUGCUGCCUACUGGCCCUACAACGGCACUACAGUCAUCACCAGUGUCGUUGCCAAGGCAGGUUGCACCGUGAGACUUGACAAAAAUCUGUGCCUGCAGAGGUUCAGGGCGCCCAUGUAUGGCUGUGACGCGGAUGAGAAGCACCAGAAACGCGGUGGAUCGGUUUCUGAUGGCUGCUCUGACUGGACUAUCCAUAUGCAGUCGUGGCCGAGUGUUGGAAUCUGCCAGGAUCAAUAUGAUCAGGAUAUGGGAGGUGCGGGUCUGUGCGCGACUUGGAGCACUGGUUACUCGGAAACUGCCGUUGGUGAUGGUUUGAAGACUGAUUGGUAUCCUCGUGGCUAGAAAAGCAAGGGCUGCUGAUGACAAAUGAGUGCUUCGUGGCGGCAUCAUUACUUAUCGACCAUGAUCUGCUCUUUGAUUGCACAGUUGACUCACAUCCUAGCGAUGUGACUCUUCACGGCGCAGAGCAAAUCCAAUAUUAGGUAGGUCGCGAUACGUGAAGAUUGGGACUCAUAACAGGAGUCGCCCUAAUGUGGUGGAAAAUGUUUGGCGAUGUGGCUUUUGGUCAUCGUAUACCUACCUACCUCUACACUUUACAGACAUCGAAGUGAGCAAUGGAAGAGUCACAUAUCUG